AUGACAGCCAUGUCUACGGGCGCCUAUACGGCUCUGAUGUCAAGUAAACGCAAGCGUGAUGAAGCCAACGGAUUCAUAAUGAACGGCAAUGGUCAUGCUCCCAUGGAAACUGAUACUAACGAUAAUAAAAAGUCAAGAAUUGAAUAUGUAGAGACUGUACCAUCGAAGGUUGUUCAUAUUCGUAACAUGCCUGACGAUGCUACAGAGCAUGAAAUAGCACUUUUGGGGAUACCCUUCGGUCUUCUAGAAAAUAUGGUUCUCUCAAAGAAAGCAAAUCAAGCUCUUUUGGAAAUGCAAUGUUUGGAGAGUGCGAUCAUGAUGGUUACAUAUUAUCGUGAGUAUCAGGUCACAUUGAGAGGACGAACGCUAGUUAUGCAAUAUUCAAAGCAUCAGCACCUUGAAUUACACUCGGAAAAUAGCAGCAUUGGCAGCGCAAUCCAGAAUGCUAACUGUAUUGUUCAGCAGGACCUCAGUGGUGCCAAUUCCGGCAUACCUACUACAGUUUUGCGUGUUGUGGUUGAUAAUAUCAUGGGUCAACAGAUCAAUCACACCAUACUUCAUAAGAUAUUUUACCGGUAUGGGAAAAUACUAAGAAUUGUCACAUAUCUCAAAAACAAUCAGUACCAUGGGCUAGUCGAGUUCGGUAACCAUAUUCAUGCAUUCGUUGCAAUGCUACAUCUAAAUGGUCAAAAUAUAUACACUGGAUGCUGUUCACUUCGCGUGCAGUUUUCUAAAAACCGGGUCCUUUGGAGGUUCGUCAGGAAAGUGAUAGAUGUAGAGAUUAUCAGAACAAUCCACUAA